CUGUCCGCUCUCCCGCGCCGUACGGCCCGGCCGCGCCGGCUCCAUCCGCUCGCAACUUGGCGGUGCGGGGCGCGGGGGCACCGCCGCGGCGCUGCCCUCGCCGGGCGGGGCGAGGCCAUGGCCGGCAUCGGCAUCGACCACUCCAAGCUGCCCGGAGUCAAGGAAGUAUGUCGAGACUUUGCUAUUCUGGAAGAUCAUACCUUGGCCCAUAACUUACAGGAACAAGAGAUUGAGCAUCACUUGGCUACAAAUGUUCAGCGUAAUCGUCUGGUGCAACAUGACUUGCAGAUGGCCAAGCAACUGCAAGAAGAGGAGGAUAAGAAAGCACGUGCUCAAAAACACCAAAAAGACUUGGAACGACAGGACUGCGAGAUCGCUCAGGAAAUCCAAGUGAAGCUCACGUUUGAAGCAGAGGAGCGCCGCAGGCAAGAGGAAAAAGACGAGGACAUUGCCCGUCUCCUCCAACUGCAGGAAGAAAAGAAGCGCAAGAAGCACUACCCAGAGUCCCAGGGCUAUGAGGAGAGCUAUUAUGCAGAAAAUGGAGAGCACCCCUGGCAUGACCCCAGAGAGCAGUUUUCUGAGCCUCACAGGGCACACAGUCAUGACAGGCGCAGGCACCACCAGAGAGAGCACAGAGGACCUCCCUCACCUUUGGCCGACGGUGCCUCCAAAACCAGGCGUUCCACCUCGGAGGAUCGUCGGAGGUCUCCUUACCUGAGAGAGACCAGCAGUGGCCAUCAGCAGGAGUGGAAAACAGCCAGCCAGGAAAGGUCCCGGAGACAUCCUAGCCUUGAUCUGGAAAGAGAGGCUGAGCAUGGUGCCUGUGAUCACAGCCAUAGCUGGGAGCUGCGGGAGAGGAGGACAGCUGCCCGGGAGAAGGGUAGGAGACCUCUCAGUCUUGACCUGGAGUCGAAGCACGGACUUGCAGAUGAGGCACAGCACAGGAGAAAGCCCCCAAGGCAAGACAGAGAAAAGCACCUUCCCCUUCUUGAGUUGGAACUGGAGGCUGAGCAGGAAACCUGGCAUCAGGGCGGCGGCCGGGUGGUACGCCCUGAAAAACACAAAUCUCGCCAUCAGGGUCACUCAUCACACAGGAUGGCACAUGAUGAGAAGCUCCAUGAUGGUGAAUUUAGAGAUGAUCGUAGAAGGGGUGAGGCAAGAGACUGCAGAAGGGCAGGACAGAGGACACAUUCCCCAUCCCCACGUGCUGUGACCCAGGGGAAGGGUGGAGGCUGCCAGCGAGACUCAGGCACUAAUUUGAGGGGGAUGAAACAAACCAUGUAUGAUGCACCCCGAAUGGAACAGGAGUUGUCUGAUGCGGAGAUUGCUCGGAAGCUGCAGGAGGAAGAGCUCCUGGCUAAUGAGGCAGAUCAGAAGGCAGCUCAAGUAGCCCAGGAUGAGGAAAUUGCUCGACUGUUGAUGGCUGAGGAGAAAAAGGCUUUAAGGAAAGAGAAAGAGAGAGAAAAGUCUUCCUUUGAAAAGAGGAGGCAUGAUCAAGAUUGGAAGCCUGAUGCAGGCGAGUCCACACGCUCAAGGUCGAGAGAAGGGCCUGAAACUCAGCGACACAGAAGCGACAGGUCCUCAAGGUCGCAGCCUCUCCUCGAUGACUUUGAACACUCUCGAUAUUACACAAGCCAGCCCAGCCCCUUGCGCCAGAUCCCCAGACCUGAGCACUCUCCUAAAGGUUCCCGUAGGAAGCAGUAAACUGUGCUAGCCUUUGCUGACUCUUCUGUAGCAAAUAUUACUGGAAUUGCCAGGCAACUUCCUUGAUUCCUGACCCGAUGGGAGGCCCACCCUCCACUCCCAGGAUCAUUUCUUCAAGUGUCAUCAUAUUAAGGAAAAUUAUUUGUUUCAGUUUCUUACUCAUAUGUGAUGACUGAAGCAGUGCAGUAUAAUCUAGCUGCCACUGAGCUGUGCAAAUCAACCAGCUGGCUUAACAGCUCCUUCAUACAUCCUUUUGAGGCUUUCCUUCUAUUUUUAUUUUUAAUCUUUGGCUGGAGCUUUGACAAAUAGGACAAAUUGAGAUGCAUGUAAAAUGGAGGAAAAUUGAAGAAAUGAGUUGUGUUAUGGCAGUGCAGCGAAACAUCAGAAGUACAAGUCCUUUCAGUAUUAGGAUGGCUUAGCACAAAGAGUUGUAAGAGGAAACGUGUUUCUUCCUGUUUUGGAUAAGACAACUGACCCAACCUGACAGUCAUACUAG